UGUAAACAAGACUGGUGUAGCAUGAUUUGAAAAAAGAAUUGCACCUAUGGUUAUUUAUAUAACUUAGAUUUUAAAGCAUAUAAUUAACUUUUAAGUGGAACUAAAAUUAGAUUAUUAAAAGUUUCAGCCUGAUGUCAGUUAUGGAUGUAGGACUUGCCCUCCAAAGAACUUCUAAGGGUCAAAUAAAAUAUGAUAAGUAUUGGGCAGAAGAAGGACGAACUAAAGAAAUACUGGAUGAGAUUUCAAAGAAAACAUCCAAUAUUGCCUUAAGUCUUAGUCCAAAAGUUCUUUCUCUUAUAACUUCUGAGGUUUGUGAUGGAAAAAAAUCGGAUGAAUCUGAUGUGAAAAAAGAUAUUUCUGUCAGCCCACCUAAAGAAAGCAAACAAAAAAGUGCCUCUGAAAUUUCUGAUUCUUAUUUUUAUGAAAAGCAAUCUGAAAUGGAGCUUCCAAUUUUAGAAUUUGAAGCAGCAAAAUUACAGUUCAUGCAAGAUGUAUUUAAUAGUAAAAAGCAAGAAUAUGAUAACUAUACUAGUGAACUUCAGCAGAUGACUAAUCAGGAAUACAUGUUAUUGAAGAGAAAAAAUGAACUGGAUGCAAAAAGAAGGACAGCAGAAUUAGAAAAGGUUGAGCAAUUAAUAUUAGAUGAAGCCAGAAAAAAGGAAAUGCUGCAGCGAGAGCAUUAUGAAACUCAUGCCAAGAAAUUAAGUGCAAAAGUGCUUGAAGCAGAAAUGAAGCAAAAGAAAGCAGAGGAAGAAUUGAAGAAAAGAGAAAAGGAGCAAACGGAGUUGAAAGUUCAGUUGAACAAUUGCCAAAAAGAAGCACAAAAUUCCAUAGCAAAAUCUAUUGAAAAACUUGCUUCUUUCGAACAUCAAGAUCAUUUGCGCAUUCCUAGAAAAGAUCGAAUGGAUCAGAUGGCAAAAGUACUGCGAUCAAUUAAUGUUUAUGUUGAAAAAGCCAAGACUGAAGAACUUUCAAUUGAUGAUAUUUUAAAUGCUAAUCUGCAUGUAAAAGAAGCAUAUGAGAUGUACCAAGAUAUUGCCAAUGAUAUGGAAAGUGCCAAAUCAAAAGCUUUGAAAAGUCGAGAAAAUGCUGCUAGUUUUUCUUUUAAAGAAAAUUCUUUACCUGGAAAAACAAAUAAUCUUGUUCCCAGAGCUAACGCACAAAGCUUAUUUAAAAUAUCAGAUAUUUCUGAGUAUAAAUUAUUUGAUGUAAGUAGAGAUGAAAAUAGAUUACCACCACUGCCUGAAGCUGAUGAAGAUGAAGAAAAAGAAGUAGAAAAUGAAAAAGAAAAGGAACUAUUAUCUCAGUUUAUUGCCCCAGAUGCUGUUGAAGGUCAUCUUAAAAUAAUGGAGAAGCUGAAAAAUAUUGAAAGUACUAUACAGCCUUUCAAAACAGAUACUAAGAAUAAAAAAUAUAGAUUUGAACUUCAAAAAGCUAUAAAUGUUACAAUAAAUUCGUUGUCAUCAAACUCUGGAUCCCAAAUCAAAGCCAAAAUAAGCCGUUUGCUGUCUAUUUUGAAUGGCAAAAUUCCAGAAAACUAUAGACGUGAAAUGAAUAGUGAUUCUGUAGAGUAUAAUUUCUGCUGUUAUUUGAUGGCUAAGCAGUUUGUAGAACAAGGUGAUACACAAAUUUCAGCUCAGCAUUCUGCAGCAUUUCCUUUUGCUAUGGCGAUUCUUGGGAUUUGGAAUAAAAAGCCUGAAGUGGGUUCUUUGAUACUUGGCCAUUUUUAUUCACUCUGUCCUUAUUUGGUGCCAUUUUAUCCUCCAAGACAAGAGGGAAUGUCAGAUUCUGAGUAUCUAUCCAUUUUGGGGUACUAUAUUGAUGAUGAAGGUGUUGUUGAAGAAAAGUAUAAAUUUCUGAAUCGAAUGAGUGGUUACGUUAGGUUGUAUGCUGCUAUCAUUGUUGCACCCCUUCCAGCUAAUGUAAAGGACCCCCAUCCUCAUGGUUUAGCUUGUGGUUGGAAAUGGUUGUCACGAAUACUCAAUCUUGAGCCACGGCCUGAUAUCACUGCUACAGUACUCUAUGAUUUCUUAGAUGUUACUGGACAUUCUCUUCAAAAAUUAUAUGGAAAACAAUUCAAAAAAACUAUACACAUUCUGUGCAAAGACUUCUUCCCAAAAAUAAAACAAGUUACUCCUGGUGGUACCGGUGGUCCAAUUGAGAGGCUUGAAACUUUCUUGCAACGGACAGCGAGGAAAGGUUACAUUCCACCUCCAGAUGGAUUUUUAGAUGCAAAUUUUUGGAAUAGGUAGUUAAGAACAAUACACUUAUAUAAGUGAAAUGUAUUGGAUUUGUAUUAUUUGACUAUUUCUAGUACUUUUAAUCAAUGACUGUUGUAUUUAUAUUAAUGAUCUGAAUGUCUGUAUUAUUUUGAUGCUGAAAAUGUGUAUUAUAUCUGAUUAUACAGAUGAAUAAUUCUGUAUUAAAAUAUUUUAGAGAUACUUCUAAAUAUUAAUAUCAUUUCUAAAUGCAUAGAAUUUUUUUUAUAUCUGGUUAAUUUCUUUUAUAGAAAUUUCUUAUGAUUUAUUUGACACAAUGUAAUAUUAUUAAAUAAUGCAAAUCCCAAACAUGUCAAAUUCAAUUUCCUCCACGACAUAAAUCUUUGCCAACCAGUGAAUAUAACUGUUAAAAUUUAAUAAUCAUAGGAUUAUUUUUUAAAAUCUUUAAUUAAAUAUAUAAUUAAAUGAAUUUAGAUAUUAAUGCAUAAUAUGAGAAAUAUGCAUAUUAAAUUUCAAGAUCUGAAAAUGCAUUUCAAGCAACAUUAUAUAUAAAUUUUAUAUUACUGGAACAUUUAAUUCCAUUCUAAUCUAUUCAUUCCAUUUGUAAAUAUAGAAACAAAUAGUUUUAAUUGAAACUAUUAUUCCUUUUUUAAAAUAAGGUUUUGUACAGUUCGAAUGCUUACAUUUUAAGAACAUUUGCUAGCUAGGAAAUUGAAGAAUUGGUGCAUAAAUUAUUUACAUUUUUUAUAAAAGAAAACGUUUAAAAUUCAGAAUUAUCCGUAAAAUUAUUUGGAAAGAAAAAGUAUUGUUAAUUUUUUUUUAGAAGUAGAAAAAAAUAGCUGUCAAAAAUUUAUAUAUUGCCAAGAAAAUGUUAUUAAAUUUUUGUUUUAAUAUAAAAAUACAACUUUUGUUAUAUUUAAUUACAUAUUAGAUUUUGUUUAUUUUGCCCUUUGUAACUUUUGAAUUUGACAUGUUUGCUAUGAACAAGGACUGCUGUUAUGGCUUUGAAUAUUCACAAACAUUUUUUUGUUAUAACAUCAUAAAGUUAUAACUUAUGCAAUGUUGUAAAGUUGUAAUAAUUUAUAUGGUUGAAAAUAUUCUUUCAAAUUGAAUUUCUUAAUUUUGUUUGAAUACAUCUCUAAAUUAUUAUACUGUUUGUAGUAUUUAAAAGAAAUGUAACAAAUCUCAAGAGAAGUUAUUUUGUAUAAAUAUUUGAAACAAUAAAAAAAUUUUGUAUUUAUGGUGUAAUUGGCAAAUCAGUUUUGAAUUAUGAUAUAUAUUUUUGCAUGUAUAAAUUAAAAAAUAACAUUUUCUUAAAAAAAAAUGAAAAGAAAACCCAGCUUUGUUUUGUUAAAGAAAUAAGUAGAAAAGCAGGAAGGAAAUAAGGAAGAAAAGAAAGAAGAAUAUGAGUAAAUAAAUAAUAGGAAUAAAAGAAACCUGAUAUAUUUAAGGAGUUUGUUUACUCACUAAAUAACAGAAAUUGCUUGUUGCCUUCUUCUAAUACAAUUUUUGCACUACAGGUGCAAUGAUAGGAGGAGAUAGUUGAAAAAGUUAGACAUUUCUUUUGUGGUAGCUGUAAUUAUUGAAAUCGGAACAUUAAAACCCUUUUCAGAUUCAAUGUAAUUAUCAUUUGUGGAUAAUAUUUCAUUCAAAUAUUAUAUAUUGCUUUAAAAUAUUACAUUCAAAAAGUUUGCUGCUGUGGAAUACUGAAUAUGGAUGGAACAUGCUUGUUUAGUGUUUCUUUCACAAUACUAUCCAAGGUAUAUUACAUUUUUAUCAUCAUUCAUACAAGAUUUAAGAAUGCUUCAUUUUUGCCAUAUCCUCCAGUGCCUUUGUUCUACACUUGGGAAUCGCUGCCUCUUUAGCAAAUUCAUUAUCUAAGAAAUAAGAUAUAUGGAGCGAGAUAAAGGACGAAGUUUGUUGUGGAAUUAUUAUAAUGUGAUAUUUUGGCAAGCAAUUUGACUCGUGAACGAGUGCCUUCAGGCUUCUUCAUGAGGCUGUUCCAUAGAAGAGGGAACUACUUGCUAGUGCUUAAUCAACUGAGUAACGAUCAGAUAUUAAUGUAAUUCUUUCUUAUCCAAUUGUAUACUUAUCCAAACCUUAUAUAAUGUAGAUGACAGAGUCCAAAAUAUUUUCUUUAUAUAAAAUUAUUCAUCACUUUUCUGUUCUGUUAAAAUAUUAACUGUCGAGAAUACGUAAUACUUUUUAAAUAAAUAUUAUUGAUUGGCAUAAUAAUGAUGGUUUUUAUUUAUAAAAGGCCCUUAAUUGAUUAUUUCUGAUAGAAAUAUGAAUCGAAAUUUUGUAUCUAUUUAUCUAUCUGUUCUGUUUCUCUGUCAUUCCUAUGAUGUUCUUGUGCUGAACUUUUGUAUAGUUAAAUCUAAAGUCUAACUGAGAGAAUGGCAAGCGUUUUCGACUGUUAACAUUUGAAUAUUUUCUUUGGUCUAAAUAAUGCACAGCUAAUUUCUGAAGUGAAAUGUGUAGAGACAUAAUAGAAAUCUGCAUAUUUGUAAUUACCAAGCUAGCCCAGAAUUUUAAAUCAUACUUAUUACCAUUUCUUCACUUUUUUCAUUUAAGGAUUAUCAUAUUAAAUUAUGUAAGUCGAAAACUUACUGAAAUUCCAGCUCUGAACAUUAUAAAAUGGACAUUAAAUGAAAAAAAAAAAUAUGCAUCUUCAGCCAGUCAUUAUCUAUUAAAAGUUUUAUAAAGCUUAGAUGAAUUGCAUUAAAUGACUUAAUCAGCAUCUUCUAGUGGGAUUCAUACCGUGAGUUUAUCCAUGCGCUGUCAUCGUAUUCUAGUAUUUCAAAUAAUUUUUGUAAAAUGAUAGACUCAGAAUGUAAGUAUUUAUCAUAAUUUAUUAUAUCAUAAAGCAAAAUUUUAUUUAUUUUUAAAAUAAGGUUUUGUACAGUUCGAAUGCUUACAUUUUAAGAACAUUUGCUAGCUAGGAAAUUGAAGAAUUGGUGCAUAAAUUAUUUACAUUUUUUAUAAAAGAAAAUGUUUAAAAUUCAGAAUUAUCCGUAAAAUUAUUUGGAAAGAAAAAGUAUUGUUAAUUUUUUUUUAGAAGUAGAAAAAAAUAGCUGUCAAAAAUUUAUAUAUUGCCAAGAAAAUGUUAUUAAAUUUUUGUUUUAAUAUAAAAAUACAACUUUUGUUAUAUUUAAUUACAUAUUAGAUUUUGUUUAUUUUGCCCUUUGUAACUUUUGAAUUUGACAUGUUUGCUAUGAACAAGGACUGCUGUUAUGGCUUUGAAUAUUCACAAACAUUUUUUUGUUAUAACAUCAUAAAGUUAUAACUUAUGCAAUGUUGUAAAGUUGUAAUAAUUUAUAUGGUUGAAAAUAUUCUUUCAAAUUGAAUUUCUUAAUUUUGUUUGAAUACAUCUCUAAAUUAUUAUACUGUUUGUAGUAUUUAAAAGAAAUGUAACAAAUCUCAAGAGAA